AUGUCGGCGAGAAAUAUUUUCUCUUGUUUUCGAUGCUUGUGCUUUAGAAAAGUAAGUGGAUUUCUUUGUUUCUUCUACUUACCAUUAACUGGGAGCUCUAAAAUGUUAACCCAAACAACACUAGUUCUAUGAACCCCUUAACUUAUUAUAUUAUGUUUAAAUUCCCAUGGCAGCCUAUGGACUCCCCAUUUUACUUUGUUCUUCAUAGUUAAAUACAUUUGUAGCCAUAAGCCCACCAUUUCACUUAAAGGUACUGGCUAAUGACGUACUAAUAACGUACACAGCAGAAUUAUAACAUAGUUCUGUAUUUAUACCGAAAUGCUGUGCAUACAGACUUCAAACACCAUGACCACUUCAUACCACUGAAGUGGUCUGGUGUAUGAAGAAACUCUUUAAAUACAUUUUGGUGGGAGCUAUCUUUUCUAGGUCUCUACGGCUAAUUGUAUAUGCGAUUAGAAUUUAAUAAUUAUAAUAAUAGUAUAUGGUACAUGUGCACUGUAGUUUUGGGAUAUAUAUUGACAAGGAGCCUAAAGGUGAGAGGAGUUGUGGGACAGUGAAUUGAGAACCCCAGAGAAUAAGUAAUACCAUUAAGAAUAUGGUUUGGAGGGGUGCCAUAAUUAUUACGGUAUCUUAGUGGUAUCUUGCUUUAAGUAAACUAAUGUCUGUAUUUGAGGUCACUUAUAAUAAUUUAAACUGUAUCACAGACCCAUGUGGCAGCGAGGGAAUGGACUCUAUAUAUGUUGAGAUUGUUUCAUCAAAAUGCUUGCAACGUUCUUGCAAAGUGGUUUUGGUUUUCUGAUUUUGUUUCUGUCUUUUCAGCGCACAAGACGCAAAAAAUCUGAUGAUGUUGAGCAAAAAGCAGAGGAACGUUCAGGUACAUUAUAAAAUGUUUAUAUCUACCUCCAUUGUGACUGAACCAGUUUUUAACGUGCCGUGUUACCCUCCUGCAGUCUGAUAAGAGCCGACAUGUUCGGUUCCAGUUUGGUGUUACAUUCUCUGCAACACUGCCUUUGCUACAUGUCUACUAUCUCUUCUCCUCUAUUUGGGAAAUGUAACAGUUCCUCUAAAAUGAAUGAGUGGCAUACCUCGUGAUAUAACUCUGUUACUCUCUUACAUAAUUAAUAGCGCUCAUUGGGAAGGGGUAAGGCAGGUUAACACCCAUACAGGUACUAGCCGCACUCCUGCCACUUUUGAUAGCUAAUGGAUGCAGGACAAAAUCUACCUGGCUUUCUCAGUGUUAGUGUAGGGUGAGGUUAAAGGGUGGGUUAGGGAUAGUAUAGGGUUAAGGCUAGGGUAGUGUACUGUUAGAAUGAAUGUAGAGUUAACAGGGUUGGUGUAGGAUAACGGGUAGUAUAGGCAGUGGCAUAGCAUGGAUUGUCAGCACCUGUGGCAAGGCAUUUAUUGCACCCUCUAACCCUAGUCUAUACAUAUUACUUUAGGCGUGAGGUGGAUUUUAAAAAUGACGCAACACAUCUAUCAGUGCCACACACACAUCAUGGAGAUGAGGCGGGCAGGGAAGAGGAGUGAGGCUAUCUAGGCGCCCGUUACUGGCAUACUUUUAUGAUAACAUGUAUGGGCAUUUACAAAAUGCCUAUUAAAGAGUGAUUUCUGGUGUUAUCUUUAAACAGGAAAUCACGUUAUUAAUAAGCAUUAUGUAAUUCACCGAUAAGAAUUACAGAAGGACAGUAUGGCUGUGAUUAGCAAGCAAACUACUGUAAAAUGUGAUGAAGUGAUGUUUAUUUUCCCUGUCAUGCUGAAAAACUGUAUAAUGUUUGAACAUUGGGAGAUUUUCUGGGUGAUUGGGAGGGCGCGCUAUUUUAAAAAAUAUAUUACUACUCCUUUCUUUUUUUUCUUUUGAAAUUUUGGGCCCCAAAGAAUUUUGCGCCCAGGGUAAGCAGCCCUGUGGCCCAGCCCACGCUACACCAGUGACUAUAGGGUUUGUGUACCAAAAAUUACUUUUGAUCCUAGAUUGCUGCAUUUUGUGUCAACAAAAGUGGCAUACCUACAUUUUUAUUUUAACUUGGACAGAAUAGUACCAGCUGCCAGCAUUUCUAAUUAGGUUUUGUCUUAUUACUAAUUUUCCAGUAUGUUCCAAGACCUCAGUUGCUCUUGAAGGUGACCCAAGUGCCCAGGCAGACAAUAGGAAUUUAACUGCACUGCAAAAACAGCUCGAAAUUGAGCUUAAGGUGAAGCGAGGUGCAGAGAAUAUGUUCCUGGCAUAUUCCAAAGGCCCUCCAGAAAACCUUAAAUAUCUUGAGGCAUUGCAGGAGAAGCUUGAAGACAUCGAGAAUGAGAUAGAACGUUUGCAGGCACUGAUUGACCAAGAAAACUUUAUUAAUAAAGAUGAAACAACUGCACCAGUUCCAGAAACUGAUGUCACUGAUGUAACAUUGGAGACACCUCCUAUUCCAUCUCCAACACCUUCACAUGGUGAUCAACAUCAGUCUUCAGGACACACUGAGAGAACGGAUAUAUCGGCUCAGGUAAAGCUAUAUGCUUUUUUUUUUUCUUUUCCCCACACAUUCACACAAACCUCGUCCACCAUCACACCCAUGGUUUUUGUUUGUAAUUCUUCAUUUGCCGCUCGUAAACAAUGACUACUUAUAAUGAUCUGGAGUCAAACGUAUAAUGAGUACAGCCAGAGCCCAAUAUGUAAAAUGUACAUUUUAUUUUGUAGGUAGUUUAAUUCUUCAAUUUGUCCUGAAGCAGGAGUUUUAAUAACUAUAGGCGCUGCCUCUAAAAUCACCACCACUUUAUCACUCCAUCCACUGUUUCUUCUUCAUAACUCUCCCACAUCCAUUGCUUCUCCAGUUAUUUACCAACAUACCCUGCUUCCUCUUCGUUUUUCUGCUAUUCCUGACUUCAUGUAUUUAUUAAUCAAUAUGUUUCAGACCCAUCAUUACAAUCCCAUGGACCAAAGGCCACAAUUGUCAUUGUGGGGAGGGGGGAUUACUGAAUUUAAUUUAUGGUGUAUGUAUUUUUUUUUCUAGGUUGAAACAACUACACCAGUUCCAGAAACUGAUGUCACUGAUAUAACAUUGGAGAUGCUUCCAACACCUUCACAUGGUGAUAAACAUCAGUCUUCAGGACACACUGAGAGAACGGAUAUACUGGCUCAGGUAAAGCUAUACGCUUCUUUUUUUGUUUUGUUCUUUUCCCCACACAUUCACGCAAACCUCGUCAUUAAAGAAAAUUUAGAUAACUGAAGUCCUGAUAAUUCCUGGCAAAUGAUUUGUGCGAUAUUGUGAAAAACGUAAACACACUCGCUUCUUCGUCCACUAUCACACCCAUUGUUUUUGUUUUUAAUUCUUCAUUUGCCGUUUGUAAACAUUGUCGACUUAUAGUAAUCUGGAGUCAAACGUACAAUCAGUACAGCCAGAGCCCAAUAUGUAAAAUGUACAUUUUAUUUUUGUAGGUAAGUUAAUUCUUCAAUUUGUUCUGAAGCAUCAGAUACAGGAGUUUUAAUAACUUUAGGCGCUGCCUCUAAAAUCACUACCACUUUAUCACUCCAUCCAGUGUUUCUUCUUCAUAAUUCUCCCACACCCGUUGUAUCUCCAGUUAUUUUCCAACAUACCCUGCUUCCUCUUCGUUUGUCUGCUAUUCCCAACUUAAUUUAUUUAUUAAUCAAUAUGUUUCAUACCUAUCAUUACAUCCCAUGGACCAAAGGCCACAAUUUUCAUGCGGGUGGGCGGGGCGUUUAAUUUAUGGUGUAUGUCUUUUUGUUCUAGAAUGAAUCAACUGCACCAGUUCCAGAAACUGAUGUCACUGAUGUAACAUUGGAGACACCUCCUAUUCCAUCUCCAACACCUUCACAUGGUGAUCAACAUCAGUCUUCAGGACACACUGAGAGAACGUAUAUACUGGCUCAGGUAAAGCUAUACGCUUCUUUUUUUGUUUUUUUCUUUUCCCCACACAUUUACGCAAACCUCGUCCACUAUCACACCCAUGGUUUUUGUUUGUUAUUCUUCAUUUGCUGGUUGUAAGCAAUGUCGACCUAUAAUGAUCUGGAGUCAAACGUAUAAUCAGUACAGCCAGAGCCUAAUAUGUAAAAUGUACAUUUUAUUUUGUAGGUAGUUUAAUUCUUCAAUUUGUCCUGAAACAUCAGAUACAGGAGUUUUAAUGACUAUAGUCGUUACCUCUAAAAUCACCACCACUUUAUCACGCCAUCCACCAUUUCGUCUUCAUAAUUCUCCCACACCUAUUGCUUCUCCAGUUAUUUUCCAACAUCCCCUGCUUCUUCUUCGUUUGUCUGCUAUUCCCGACUUCAUUUAUUUAUGAAUCAAUGUUUCAGACCCACCAUUACAAUCCCAUGGACCAAAGGCCACAAUUGUCAUUGGGGGAGUGGGGUGGGGGGAAUUUAAUUUAUGGUGUAUGUCUUUUUUUUCUAGGGUGAAACAACUGCAUCAGUUCCAGAAACUGAUGUCACUGAUGUAACAUUGGAGACACUUCUUAUUCCAUCUCCAACACCUGCACAUGGUGAUCAACAUCAGUCUUCAGGACACACUGAGAGAACAGAUAUACCGGCACAGGUAAAGCUAUAUGCUUUUUUUUGUUUUGUUCUUUUCCCCACACAUUCACGCAAACCUAGUCAUUAAAGAAAAUUUUGAUUACUGAAGUCCUGAUAAUCCCUGGCAAAUGAUUUGUGAGAUAUUGUGAAAAACGUAAACACACUCAAUCUUUGUCCACUAUCACAACCAUUGUUUUUGUUUUUAAUUCUUCAUUUGCCGCUCGUAAACAAUGUCGACUUAUAAUGAUCAGGAGUCAAACAUACAAUCAGUACAGCCAGAGCCCAAUAUGUGAAAUGUACAUUUUAUUUUUUAGGUGGUUUAAUUCUUCCAUUUGUCCUGAAGCAUCAGAUACAGGAGUUUUAAUGACUAUAGUCUUUGCCUCUAAAAUCACCACCACUUUAUCACUCCAUCCUCCGUUUCUUCUUCAUAAUUCUCCCACACACAUUGCUUCUCCAGUUAUUUUCCAACAUACCCUGCUUCCUCUUCGUUUGUCUGCUAUUCCCGACUUCAUUUAUUUAUUAAUCAAUGUUUCAGACCCACCAUUACAAUCCCAUGGACCAAAGGCCACAAUGGUCAUUGGGGGAGAGGGGGUGGGGGGAAUUUAAUUUAUGGUGUAUGUCUUUUUUUUCUAGGGUGAAACAACUGCAUCAGUUCCAGAAACUGAUGUCACUGAUGUAACAUUGGAGACACUUCUUAUUCCAUCUCCAACACCUGCACAUGGUGAUCAACAUCAGUCUUCAGGACACACUGAGAGAACAGAUAUAUCGGCUCAGGUAAAGCUAUACGCUUUUUUUUGUUUUGUUCUUUUCCCUGCACAUUCACGCAAACCUAGUCAUUAAAGAAAAUUUUGAUUACUGAAGUCCUGAUAAUCCCUGGCAAAUGAUUUGUGAGAUAUUGUGAAAAACGUAAACACGCUCAAUCUUUGUCCACUAUCACACCCAUUGUUUUUGUUUUUAAUUCUUCAUUUGCCGCUCGUAAACAAUGUCGACUUAUAAUGAUCAGGAGUCAAACAUACAAUCAGUACAGCCAGAGCAUUUUUCUAAAGAGGUCUGUUUUUUUAUUUUAUUUUUAAUCGCAUAAUUUGUCAGUUGGAUACUAUAUUUUUGUCAGACAGAAAAUCCACCACAAUGAUGUAAUUGGAAACGUUUGUCGGAAAGAUAGGUGCAGAUUUGCUAAAUGUAUUUUUUAUAUACAGACUACCCCCAAAAUUGUGAUCUAACCACAAAAAAAGUCUUCAAAGUAAAGAAGCAAAAUAAAAAUGACAGGGCAGAAAAAAAAAAUACAAUUCUGCUGUACCAAACUUGAAUGAAUUGAUGCAAAACAAGAACACAUGCAUACCUUUGUUUUGAAUUUUAGGUGUUCCUUGCUGAACACAAGGACACUGAGAAAAUCUAUGCCCUAAAAGCCCUGAAAAAAGGAGACAUUGUUUCAACAAAAAAGGUCCACCGGUCAGUAAACAGAGCUAUUCAUACCUUAUCCUGUUUUAUUUUAUUUGUUAUGAGUUUUUGGAGAUCAGGGAAAUAAUUCACUUAUUGUUCCUUAUCCAGUCUUAUGAGUGAGAAGCACAUAUUCCAAUCUGUAAGCAGCAUGCGCCAUCCAUUUCUGGUAAACCUGUUUGGUUGUUUCCAGACCACACAUCAUGCCUGCUUUGUCAUGGAAUACACUCCUGGCGGGGACCUUGUUACAAACGUUUACAACAGCAACGGUGCAUUAACAGAGCCCAGAGCGAUGUAAGUAUAGGCAGCAGCAUUGUGCCCAUAUUGCUAAACCUGUAAUGCAGUGUUUAGCAGCUGCUGGCAUUGAGGUAGGCAAUAAAUUCCAUAAAGUCUAGUUAGAUUAUUGGGAAAGAUAAUCGUUAUUUUACACUUACCUGACUGUCCAGGUCCCACGGUCUUUCCAUUCUAUACAACAGAAGAAUUUUAUACUUCUGCAAUAGCAUAACCAACUUUAGUCAAUAUGGACUGGCUGAGAGUCUUACAUUAAAAGUCGCCAUGUUAGACCAUAGAGUGAUGAAGGAUUUGUGGAAAAUAACUUUUCAAUAGUACAAAGAUUGCAUUUUUUAUCAUCUUAAAAGUAACCAACGCGUUUCUUUUUUUUUUCCCAUAGAUUUUAUGCUGCUUGUGUUGUGCUUGGCUUGGAAUAUUUGCAUUCCCAAAAGAUUAUCCACAGGUAAGUGUAAAGCGCAAAAAAAAAAAGUGGAUUGCACAGUUAUAUUUGUUAUAUUUACAGCACUGCCUGUGCUUAAACCUAUUUGUUUUUCUAUGUUAUGGUUUUAAAUGUAACCUUUUUAAAAGCCUAAACAAGGAAUCCCAUUAAUACCUGCAUCCAAGUGUCCUCUAGAAUUAUGUAAAAAUGAUUAAAAACAUUUUUUCUGCAUUUUAAUCUAGGGAUCUUAAAUUAGAGAAUAUACUUGUGGAUAAGGAAGGAUUUGCAAAAAUAACUGACUUCGGUAUUAGUAAGGAAGGUAGAUAUAAUUUUACAUUUAUACAUAGAUAUUCGAUAAAUUAAUGCCUCUGUAACAUCAGUGCUGGCUUUACACAUAUAAAAUGAUAUCCUUAAAAUUCAGCAUAAAAACAAAUAUGUGCUUGUUUCCUAAACAGCCAUUAAGACUUUGAAAAUGUAAAAAUUGCUUUUUUUGGUACUUUUAUCUAGUCCUAUUUUAACACAAAACAUGAUUUUAGUACAAAAACAAACAUGCAAUAUUAAAGUAGAAAAAAUAGCCAAAAGGCUCUAAGGGAAAUAGAUGUAGACAAUGAUUAUACAGAACUGUUAACUCCACAUUACCAAUGUGGCAGAUGAGGAUAUGGAGAGCAAAAAUUGGUUUCAAACUAAUUCUGAAUGGUUUGACAUAAAACUGGGAUAUGGCGCCAACAGACUUUAGACCACAUGAAAGGACCUGCACUGUAGUGGUCAUAUUGCAAGUUAAUUUACAUAGUGUGCCCUAGCUGUGCCAGGAUAGCCAGGCAUAUACAGAGGUAAUCAAAAAAUAAAUUACAAUUGUGAAUAAAUCCCACAUUUAAACUUAGCCACAUUCAAACAUAAUCUAAUUCUGUACAUAAUUAAAAGUACAUAAACAAAAAGAUAUCAAAAGCACAAAUGAUAAUAUACUUUGUAACAAGGGAUCAUUGAACAAACCAAUAUGUGGAUUAGAUCUCAGGAAAUUACUUUUAAAAAAAUGUAACAAGAAAAAAACUAUACAAAAAUAUUCAGCAGCUCUAAUGCACAAAUGCCUAACUGACAGAUGUACGGGCAUGUAACUUAAAGGGACACUAUAAUCACCAAAACAACUACAGCUCAUUGUAGUUGUUCGGUCCCUAUAGACAGGCCCUGCGGGUAUUUUCAUGCAAACACUGACUUUUCAGAGAAAAGGCGGUGUUUACAUUUAAGCCCAGGGACACCUCCAGUGGCCACUCCUCAGAGUGCAGCAGUGUCGUUCAGCAUCUCCAUGUUCUUAAUAGAGAUGCUUUGAUUCACUGCAUCUCUAUGAGGAGAUGGGGAUUGGCCAGGUCGACUUUUGACCCCGCCCCUAGCCCACCUCCUUGGCUGAGAUAAUCAAUUCUGAUGUUAGCCAGAGGUGGAUUGGGGUGGGGUCAGCUCUGGCAGACCCUUGCGGUGCUGGAUAGAGGUUUUAACCCUUUCUAAAGGCUAUGGGUGGGGGAGGGGAGGGUUAAACCACUUAAAUGGUGGUUUUAACACUAUUGGAUCAGGAAUACCCUAUAGUGUUACUUUAAAGGCAGGGAAUGUACAUCUUCAAUUUAAAUAUAAUUAACUUUUGUCUCUCUCUGAGGAAUCGGAUAUGGAGAACGAACCACAAGUCAUUGUGGAACACUAGAUUACAUGGCUCCCGAAAUCCUCAAGCACGAAAGUUACACCAAAGCUGUGGAUUGGUGGAGUCUGGGAGUGCUAAUAUAUACAAUGCUGGCAGGAGUGGUAAGAAUAGUUUAUUAAGAAUUAAUGGACGGAAUCCUGACUCGACAAGCAAAACACUAUAUACCAAUGUGUGUUUAUCAACAAGAUAAUUCAUCAGAUUUAUUUAUUUUUAUUUUAUUUACUUUAGACUCCUUUUGACGGCGAAGAUGAAUUUGAAAAGAUAAAUAACAUCAUCAAUCGCAGAUUCAGCUGUCCGGAGUUCAUGUCUGUCCUGUCUGUAGAAACCAUUGAUGUAAUCGAAGAUGUAUGUUGCCAAUGCAUGUUUAGUGUUUUUAACUUGGAUUUUAGAGAGCACAGUGUGGUUGACUAUAAGAGUGUGGGACAGGCAGUUACACACACAUACAGAUCUAGCUACAAAAAGAUACAGAAUAAUGUUAUGUUUGGAGACUCAUUUUGAUUAAAAAAACAGUAGCAAGAGGAAUCAUAGUAAUCAGGACAGUACAUUAUCUGGAUAAAGUGCUUGCAAUUUUGUUUUAAUUUAUUUAUUUAUUUUAAUCAAAAUACCAAGAGCCAUUUUAAGAAAAAAAAAUAUGUUUUUUACAGUUUCUCAACAUAAAUCCAGAGGACCGUCUAGGGGCAAGUGAAUAUGACGCAGAAGAUGUAAAGUGGAAUCCAUUCUUUCAAGUAAGUCCAUUUUGUUCAUCUACCAGCCAUAGGUAUAUAGAGGGGAAUGGUAUAUUCUACCUCAAUCUUGUUUUUAGUUCCAAGUGAAAUUGUCACAUGUCACAUCUGGGGAAACCUACAUUCUAACACCUAAAUAAACAUUAGUUCAUUUGGAUGCUUAUUUAAAUUUAUGUACUUAUGUAUAUUUGCAUUAAAUUCAUGCCCGUGAAGGCAUUAAAUGGCCAAUGUAAAAUGUCCCCUGUAUUUGCAUGUGUAGGAGCACAGUGAUACAAAGGAUUUAUCUUUGCCAAAACUACUUUCUUCCACUAAUGAAUGCACGUGUAAUCCUAUCCGUUGACUUUAAUUAUGGAUUUGUGAAUUAUACUGUAACUUGUGUAGAAUUUAGUUUUUCAGAUUUUUGCCAGUCUAUAUUUUUCAUCUUAAUUUUAUGACUUAAUGAUGCAUAUUCGUUAUCUUUGUCAAAACUACUUUCUUCCACUAAAACGUUUAAUUUGUUAACAGGAGAUAGACUGGGAUGAAUUAUUAGCUAAGAAUUUGAAGCCCCCCUUUAUACCAACCAUCGAUGGAAUUGAAGAUGUUAGGAAUUUCGAUGAGUAUACCUCAGAAGAUCCCAUCUUAACACCUCCAAACGGGACAAAGGAACUUACAGAAAAAGAGCAGGAAGAUUUCAGGGACUUUGACUGGAUUGCAAAUUGGUCCUAA